AUGUCAAAUCCACUUAGCAACCAAUGCGCUGCACAAAGCGUCGGCACUUUCAACAACGUGGUGACCACGCUAAUCCAGGCUCUGUUGGUCGCACAGUGUGAAAUCUCAUCGCCCGAGCUGUGGCCAAAAGACUAUGCAGUUCAUGCAUUGGAACAUGGUUUGGACACGUAUGAUUUUGUGGUGGUAGGUGCGGGCACAGCGGGUUCAGUGAUGGCCAGUCGGCUGAGCGAGAAUCCAAACUGGAAAGUUUUGGUGUUGGAGGCAGGUGGUGAUCCGCCACAAGAGUCAGAGGUGCCAAACUUUUCCUUAGCCUUGCAGCAUACAAAGUAUACUUGGAAUUAUUUGACUGAGUAUAGCGACAAUGCCUGCUGGGGAUUUGUUGAUCGGCGUUGCUAUUUGCCACGCGGUAAAAUGAUUGGCGGCACAGGUGCUAUUAAUGCCAUGCUUUAUGUGCGUGGCAACCGCCGUGAUUACGACCGUUGGGCUCAAGCUGGCAAUGCAGGCUGGGGUUGGGACGAUGUGUUACCGUACUUUGAACGUUCCGUACACAAAGUGGGUACUGACAAACAUCCCCAGGGUUAUGUAACAGUCAAUACCUUUCCAGUCACCGAUCCGGAGUUAGAACAAAUGAUCUAUGCAGGUAGUGCAGAGUUGGGCUUACCCCGUGUUCACGUAUUCACCGAAGGCAGUGAGACCGGGUAUUCCAACAUACCGGGCAAUACGCGGAAUGGACGUCGCACGAGCACCGGAAAGGGACAUCUCGCUCAAGUUGCAAACCGACCCAACUUGCAAGUGAUUAAAAAUGCGCACGUGACGAGACUAAAUUUCGAUGAGACCGGGAAAAAUGUACACUCAGUGAGCUUCAUACUGCAAGAUAAAUACAAACUGAAAGUUAACGUUAGCAAGGAGUUGGUGUUGUCAGCAGGUGCAAUAGAUUCACCAAAGCUGCUGAUGUUGUCUGGUGUCGGACCCGCAAAACAUUUGGCUGACUUGAAUAUAACGCUUAUACAUGAUUUGCCCAUUGGUGAUAAUCUGCAAGAUCAUGUUCAUAUUUUGACUUUCUUAAAAUUAAAUGAGAACAAAUCGAGUGCGUGGACAAAGGAAGAUUCCUUAAAUAGCACUUUUAAUUAUCUCAUUUAUCGGAAAGGCCCGUUAAGCGCUCAGGGCAGCGCCUCGCUAACAGGUUUCGUAAAUACGCUGAAAAAUAGUCCGUAUCCAGAUAUAUCAGUCCACCACUAUUUUUAUAGACGUGGUAAUUUUGCUGAACUACAGCUUUUCCUAAAUGGCCCGGAUUUUAACGACGUUUUCAAAAACACACUACUCAAGGCGUUAGAAACUGCUGACAUUUUGAUCAUGCUCAAUAUACUCUCCCAUCCAAAGUCCAAGGGACAGAUACGUCUGCGCAGCACCGAUUACAAGGAUCCGCCUAAGCUGACACCAAACUAUUUCAGCGAACCUGAAGAUAUGAAUACCUUACUGCGCGCUAUGCGUUUCCAAGAGCAACUGUUGAAGACUUCAGCCUAUAGGGCAAUGAAUGCCACUCUACUACUUCCGCCCAUAGAUGAAUGUGAUACUCAGGAACCUCAAAGCGAUGAUUACUGGCGUUGCUAUAUGAAGUAUUUCUCCUCUACUACUUAUCACGUAUCUGGUACGGUAAAAAUGGCACCCGAAACGGAUGAGACGAGUUGUGUGAAUCCACGUUUGCUUUUAGACGGUUGUGGUAAUGUGCGCGUAACCGAUGCCAGCAUCAUACCACAGAUUCCCAGCGCCAACAUAAAUGCCGCUACAAUAAUGAUAGCUGAAAAGGCAGUUGAUUUCAUUCGAGAAGAUUGGUUGGAAGAGGACUCAGUAGAGGACUAUUUCUGGUAUUAG